AUGGCACCGAGAAAAACGCAGAAAAACAGCGCCGAUGAUGAGACUUAUGAAGUCGAAAGAAUUGUGGACCAUGUGGACUUCCUCCACGCUUACAAGAGAUAUUACAAAUAUAACGAUGAUAAGUACAAGGACAUGUUCAAGGUUUUCUCCAUAAAUGUUUUUAAAAGUAUGAGACGUCGUGCGUAUUACAGGAAAAACGGAAUAGCUCGAAUCUGAAGGACGUGUUUGUCGUUAGCAAGGUUUUCUAUCAGGUAAAACGGUUUGAAUACCGAUUCAAAAGUUCAAAAACCAAUAUGCUUUUAAGGUGAAAUGGUUGAAAUUCAGUACGACCCACAUGACUUGGGAGCCGGAGCACUCGCUCGCAGAUCUGGACACUCUUGGCGAGUACAAGCAGAUCAACAAUCUGCCGAGACCGGUGAUCUCUCUCAAAAUUAAGCCGGGUGCCAACAUGCACAUCUGUGGAUCUCCCUACGAAGCGCCGGAGGUUCUUUCCGACAGAGUGGAUAUCCGUAUUGCCAAACUCACGGAAGCACGGAUGAACAAUCUGCACGUAUUCUUGCACGACGAAUACUACAACGCUAAAUUCGGUCUCGUCAAGAUAACCCAAUACAAAUGGAAAUGGAAGAAAAGAUACGGACUGCAGUACUGUAAGGCGGCGAACGACAUCGUCAGAGUGAAAGAUGUCGACCUCACACAUGUGAGCCAUUUGCCAAACAGAUUCUGAAAUUUUAUAAAGUUCUUACAGCCACACACAGAGUGCAAUGACAUUCCGACGGUGGUGCAAGCGCAACAGAAGACGGACAGAUCGUUUCUCCAGCUUAUUAUCAAGUGGGACUUCAGCAAAUAAAUAAAAAUUGCAUCAUUUUCAGACAUGAAAACAUUCUUAAAAUGCGUGAUUGCUUUUUUGUCUCUAACGGAAAUGUGAGCUCGAAAAUCAGGCAGAUUUACAACUGGUCUCACCAAUCUCUUCGCCAGAGAAUUCGAGAGGAAAAGAAAGCCGAUUGGAAGAAGUUUGAUUUUUUCUGCUAGCCAUCACGUCUCAACUUGUUCAAUUUGCAGAGUGUGUCGCGACAUGCUCAACGCAUUUUCCUACAUUCAUACUAACGGAAUUCACCAAGCUGUGUCCCUGGACAGCAUCAUGUUCAAUAGCAACGGAACGUUUCAAUUAUCCGGUUUCAAAGAUUUCACAUUCUCCAAAAGCAUACCAAUGAACGAGGUGAAAAGUUAUUCGAUCGAGCUGGCACCGAGGAAGUUCGGUCUCAGAGAUCAUUUCAUCAGCAGCACCGUCGAUUUGUACGCUCUCGGAAUCGUCCUUCUUCAAUGCACCUGCAAAAGAAACGUGUUCCCCGCGAAGCUCAGAUCCGUUGAUGAAAUGGAGCAAAAAAUCAAAAAGGCCAUGGACGACCUGGAAACGGACGACGAUCGUCAUUUCGUGAAACUGUUGAUCCGUGCUCGGGAGCACAUUCACAAUGGCUCAGGAACGUGGCGCUUCUCGUCCCAAUCGCUCCUCGCGCAUCCAGUUCUGGCGAAGAAGAAAAAAAUGAUGUCUGUCGACUGCUACUACCUUCACAGUCCGAAAGCUCAGCCAAUUGUCAGUCAUUUUUAGUUUCUCAAAAAAGUGGAAGUGCUCAAAUGAAUGUUUUCAGAAAGAUCGCGUCUUCUUCACUUCCACAGAUACUGCUCAAGAAGCCUACGAACGCCACGUGGAUAUGUAUCAUGAGCCCGGCAAGAAGACGUCCUUCCAGUAUCUGCUCGUGUGCUCGGACAAUUUCGCGAGAGACCGCUCUUCAACUGUGCAGAUUUGUGACGAAGAGGACUUCAAGUUCGUGGCGGAGGAAGACGUUGGGAACCAGAAAAAGCAAUUGCUGAUUCUUCCGACGAUUCUGACGCCGUACCGCGCUGAAGAGAACGAGCAGGACUUUUUGGUGCUCUACCGUCAAGAGUUCGGAUGUGCUCCGAUCAUCGUCAAGGUAAGAAAGAAUGUGUCAGGAUUGAGUAAUUGGUUCUGAUUUCAGGGUAACAAACUGACGGAUGCGGAGCUCACUCGCCAACUCAAGAGAUACGUCAUUCCCUCGAAAUUCCGCGGAUUCGAUAUGAAGAUGUUCUCUCGCAGAAACAGUGGAGAGCAGAAGACUUCUCCUGUCAAAUGUGAGCUUUCCCAACAUUCUGACUGAUUUGACCAUCAUUUUUCAAAUAUUUCAGUCACCUUGAAUGAAUACAUUCUGAAUCUGGUGCCGACUGACGGCCGAGUCAUUGAAAAUCGAUUCGAAGUGGUUGAGGAGCGCGCAAGAAACGGACUGAGUGCGAAGGAGUUGGAAUGGAAGGAUGUGGCCGGAUGCGCGCAGCACGGGAUUCAGGUCGACGUAGAGGAGAACGGGGAGCUCGCGGAGCCGCCGGCGAAGAAGCAGAAAAGAUGCAAACGAAGCGCUCAUUGA